AUGUUCCGAUGGCUCCAACGACAGAAAGAAAGCAAGUUGGAUUUUGUAGCUCUGGCUACUUGCAAAAUCAUGGGACUUAAUGGUCUUCCCCCAGAGGUUUACCUCCAAGAGUGUGUGGUCAGUUAUUCUCUGAACAUAAGAACAAGCAGUGCAUGUCUCCUGCUCACUCCUGGAGCCUCCAACAGUCGAAGGAAAGAUGAACAGAGAGAGUUAAUACAGAAGCGGCUGCGUGAAGGAGUUGUCAAAGACCUUGAACGAGUAGCUCGCAAACAGGAAAACCAGCAGUUGGUUGAACAACAAAUUGCUUUGACUAGGAUGCUGGAAAAAGAGAGGGAUAAGGAGCUUUCUCAGCAGAAACAAGAUUCUUAACUUACUCUUAGUU